CACCACAUGAGGGCGAAGCAUUUCCACAGCCGCGUUCACAUUUUUGCUCAACACGUCCACUUUCAAUGACGUGACGCCAGGAUACGUGAGCUACACCCUGGUAGAACUCUCGGUUUGACUAGUCUGUAAAAAAAAAACAAACAAACCAUAUCGUGCUUUUUGACCGCAAAAAAAGAGAGAAAGUUGCUUAAGUAAUAGCGCGCGCGCCUGACCGGAGCAGAAAUGGGAGACAGCGAGUUUUCAGAGCCGAUGGAAGAGUCUCAAGCGGACCAGGGCGCGGACAAAAUUGACAUGUCACUGGAUGAGAUCAUCAAGCUGAAUAAAAAAGAGCAGAAAGCAAACAGAGCUGCGAACAGGGCAAGAAGCCGGCGUGUUAUGAACAGGAAUAAUGUACUGAAAAAGCUUAACCAGACAGCACAGGCACGGAGAGGCCUCAGACGUGGUUCACUUCAGUACCAAGGCCCAAUUAGGUCACGUGGGCUAAACAGGGGUAGAGGAUUGGGGAGACAGAGCGGCCUGAGUCCUCUAAACAGAGCUAGUACAGAGGCAGGAGAACAGCAAAAUGAAAGCAUGGCCUCUGUUAGAGGUUCAUUUCGUGGUCGAGGAAGAGGAAGAGGGAGAGGACGAGGAGGGUUGAGCAGAGGAGCUUUGUCAGCGAGAGGUCAGCGAGUUCCCCAGAGAGGUGGAAGACCAUUUGUCUUAGACAGAGGAUUUUCUGCUGCGAGAGGCACUGGCAAAUUGGAAAGAUAUCAAAAAAUAAGUCAGAGAACUCCAUCUACUCCUGGGACAACGUUAACAGUGUCGCUGCCCAAUUCAAAACCACCACCUGUGACUCAGGUGAGGCCUCAGCGGGGUGGUACAGUGUUGAGGGGCAGGUCAUCUGAGGCAAUGAGCAGUAGACCAACACCCAAAGGCAUCCCACUGCACUUCAAUUACAAAGCAACCACCAACCAGACUCACCUGUCCCUGAACGAGCGCUUCACUAGCUUGAGGGUGAGAGGACGAGGGCCGAGGUUAAAUGGAGAACGUGGUAGAGGCCGUGGUAGAGGACGAGGAAGAGGAGAAGUUAGCGUAGGAAGAGGUCGAGGAAGGGGUGUGAUGAAUGAAGGGCCAGCUAUGACGAGAGGAGGAAGAGCUAGAGGAAGAGCAAGAGGUUCAGGCCGAACCGUCUUUCUGCAGUGAAUCCAAUCGCAUGGCCUGAAUGCAGCAAUAUUUCAUUCACACUAAGGUUCAAGGGGAGGAAAGAGCCCUACGUAGGACAUAUGUGUCUUUACAAUCACAGCCUAGAAGAUUGUUCUAUUUUAAUGAGAUUGAAGAAGCAAGUCACAGUCACAGUGUUAAAAAAAAAUUGACAGAAAUGAAACAUUUUUAAAUGUUAAUUUUAAGCACUGAUUUUUAAGGUUUGUAUUUGGGCUCAGAUUUGAAUGUUCUUUUAUAUUGCAUCACACCUCAAAGCCUCACAAUUCAAAGUGCCUUGCUUACUGUAAAUACAUUUUUGGUUUAAAUGGUUAAUGUUUGGGUGUUACCAGUCCUACAAAAGUGUUGUAUACAAAUCAAAAAAAAUGUAAAUAUGCUGUUGGGUAUGGUUUAAAGUCAUAUCAACCUCCAUUAAAGUAAGCUAUUGUAAAAUAAA